CAGCAUUGCAAAACGACAAAGAUACGUGUUCUGUCUUUCUCUACUACACGUAUAUUUUGCGCUGUCAACUCCACUCAACACCCGCAUAAACAAAAAUCACAUUCAAGAAUCCCAUAACAGAGUGCGGCAGAAUAGCAGAAUAGUUGAUAUUGCAGAUACCCUUUUGCUUAUUCUCUUCAUUUUGCUAAGAGUGAAGGCAUUGAGUCCUAUAGAAAAAUGCAGCAGGCUUCUGUGAAAGAGACAUCUGAAGUGAAUCAAGGUCAAGGUGGUAAAAACGUUGCAGCUUAUGUGGCCCCAGCACAUGAGAAAUCUCAUGGCGAUGUAAACAUGGAAGCAGAUAUCACUAUGGAUGACGUAAUAAGAGCCGGAGGUCUAGGAGCAAGAGACGAUUUAAAUAGUGUUCUUCCUGUGGCAGCUGAUACCACCGACUUUGAAGCUUCUAUUCGUGAUGCAUGGGACUAUGAAGGGCAACGUGAAAGCAUUACUCGACCAGGCCUUGGCUGGACAGAACCUGCAAAGAAAUAGAUCUAACCAUGGUACAACUUAAGGUGGACUCCAAGGUGUUCUCCAGUUUACUGGCACUCUUAAACUCUCAGUUCUUCUUCUGUUGAUUGAACGUUCCCUUAUGUGUCUUAUGGUUCUUCAUGAAAUAAAUCAUAUCCCCAUUAAUGAAAUUAAUUAUAAGCUCGAUGGAUCUUUUUAGCAA